CUGGAUGCGCAAAGUCUAACCGGACCGGGGGGGAAUCUGUGCCAGAGCAGGUAUAGCGGAAGGGGGGACAAGACAUCGGAGAACAUGGACCUGUUUGGGAUUUUCCUGCUCCUCUCGGUCGCUCUCCUUCCACGGUUCAGCUGCACCACGGCCAAGGAGAUCACCUGCCAGGAGAUAGCCGUGCCCCUGUGCAAGGGGAUCGGCUACAACUACACCUACAUGCCCAACCAGUUCAACCACGACACGCAGGACGAGGCGGGACUGGAGGUGCACCAGUUCUGGCCUCUGGUCGAGAUCCAGUGCUCGCCGGACCUUAAGUUCUUCCUCUGCAGCAUGUACACUCCGAUCUGCCUGGAGGACUACAAAAAACCUCUGCCGCCCUGCCGGAGCGUGUGCGAGCGCGCCCGUGCCGGCUGCGCGCCCCUGAUGAGGCAGUACGGUUUCCCCUGGCCGGACAGGAUGAAGUGCGACCUGCUGCCCGUGCAGGGCAACCCGGACACUUUAUGCAUGGACUACAACAGGACCGACUCCACCACGGUUUCCCCGGUGCUGUCAAAACCCACCAACCACCCCGGGAAAGGCUACAGCCCGCCGAAGAGUAAACCGCCAAGACCCGGCUCACCCGGAAAGUACAAGCCGCCCGCCUCCCCCUGUGAGCCCGGGUGUAAGUGUUUGGAGCCCAUGGUGCCUGUAAAUACGGAACGGCACCCGCUUUAUAACCGGGUCAAAACGGGACAGAUCACCAACUGCGCCAUGCCGUGCCACAAUCCCUAUUUUACGCACGACGAGAGAGCGUUCACCGCGUUUUGGAUCGGACUUUGGUCGGUGUUGUGCUUCGUGUCAACUUUUGCCACCGUCGCCACUUUCCUCAUAGACAUGGAGCGCUUUAAGUAUCCGGAGAGACCGAUCAUAUUCCUGUCUGCCUGUUACAUGUUCGUUUCGGUGGGAUACAUCGUCCGGCUGAUCGCCGGACACGAGAAAGUGGCGUGCAACAGGGAGUUCGACCUGGAGCACAUCCACUACGAGACCACCGGCCCGGCUCUGUGCACCGUGGUCUUUCUCCUCAUUUACUUUUUCGGCAUGGCCAGUUCCAUCUGGUGGGUCAUCCUGUCGCUGACCUGGUUCCUCGCGGCCGGGAUGAAGUGGGGCAACGAGGCGAUCGCCAGCUACUCUCAGUAUUUCCACCUGGCAGCAUGGCUGAUUCCGAGCAUGAAAUCCAUCGCGGUGCUCGCGCUCAGCUCCGUGGACGGAGACUCCGUGGCCGGCAUCUGCUACGUGGGCAACCAGAACCUGGACAACCUGCGCGGCUUCGUCCUGGCCCCUUUGGUGAUUUAUUUAUUCAUAGGCACCAUGUUUCUCCUGGCCGGAUUCGUGUCGCUGUUCAGGAUCCGCAGCGUCAUCAAGCAAGGCGGCACAAAAACCGACAAGCUGGAAAAGCUGAUGAUCCGAAUUGGGAUUUUCACAGUGCUCUACACCGUGCCGGCGACCAUAAUAGUCGCUUGUUACUUUUAUGAGCAGCACAACAGACAGAGCUGGGAAAUUACGCACAACUGCUCCAACUGUUUACUGGAGCGGGACCGCCGGAGCCCGGACUAUGCCGUUUUUAUGCUCAAGUACUUCAUGUGCCUUCUGGUGGGCAUCACGUCCGGGGUGUGGAUCUGGUCCGGCAAAACUUUGGACUCCUGGAGGACUUUCUGCACGAGGUGCUGCUGGGGCAGCAAAGGCACCAGCGGCUCCAUGUACAGCGACGUGAGCACCGGGCUGACGUGGAGGUCGGGCACGGCCAGCUCCGUGUCCUGCCCCAAGCAGAUGCCAUUGUCCCAGGGCCUGAAUUGA